CUAUGAAUGACGUUAUAAUAAAAGCUGAACAAGCGUGGUGGUAGUGUUGACUGAAACUUUUAUCGACGGAAUAGUCAUGAAUGCAAUCGCGGAUAUUGUUUUCCUCUUGUUAUUGGUUACGGUGAUAGGUACCGAUGCAAUUCGCUGCUAUCAAUGCAGCAGUGACACGGACUCCAAAGGCGAAGAUGUAUGCGGAGCAUAUGCAAAAUUUAACAAAGAAAAGAAUAUUGCCGUUGAAUGCAACAGUGAAGAGUCUCACAUGCCUGGUACAUUUUGUGUCAAAGUAACUCAUCAAAGUCCCCGUGGCUUUAUUUGGGACGGUAGAUGGCGACAAGUGAUCCGCCGAUGCUCUUCCGUAGCCAGUACCGGAGUUACUGGCGUUUGCAACUGGGGCGUUUAUGAAAAUGGGGUGUACUGGGAAGAAUGUUCUUGUUCAGAAGAUUCUUGUAACGGAGCAACACUGCCGUCAUUGUCGAUGAUAGUUUCAUUGCCUCUUAGUAUCGCAAUGUGCAUCUACUCUUUAAGAUAAAUAUUGUUACUAUACCAAUUCAUAACGUACAACUUAUCACGCGAAGUAGGAGGAGCAAGCUAUACUUGUCAAUGAAGGACGUAUUAU